AUGUCGAUGGUUGCAGCGGCUGCUCGAUGUCUGGCCAUUGCGGUCUACGUGCCCUUUGCUGCAGCGGUCCGCAAUUCGCAGGACUCGCAGCACGCAGUGGAUGUGGAGGAUUCAGACGUGCAGCAGGCAGUGGACGUGGAGGAUGUGCACAGUCCGGACAGAGAUUGGUACAGCCACAACUUACCGAAUUUUGAGUAUCACCAUGCUCCUGCAAUCCGCUAUCUCGACGCAGAGGAUAUAGACAAGGCGCAGAUGAUGGAAGGCAUCGCUUGCUUUUGCAAGAAGGUGGAUUUUGUCACCGACUGCCCCUCGAUCAAGAAUCCAGAGGAUGUGGAAGUCAGCGACGGAAAAGAGGAUCCCAGCCACUUCCGCUGGUAUCAUGCAGACCAAGAUCUUUGCUGCAAGAUGGCUUUUACAUUCAGCAUGACGUGGGUUGGCUGGGGCUACAAGCGCCAGACUACGGUGGACUUGUGUGUUUCAGAGGUGAGGCCUCACGCAAGCGACGAAUGCUGCCAUCUCAAAGACAAGAGUGGAGAGAUCGGUCUACAUGUUCACCAAACCAAGACGUUCCUAUACUUGGAGGCCUACAAAAGCUACGAGACUCCAUGGUCCGGUAUCGUCCGCACUUUCUACAAGAGCAAGCCCCAGUUUGAGUUGGAGGAAGUCACUGGGUCUGCAGACCACACAGGCAAGGCAGUGGAGGCUGACACAGCGCGCGCCUUCCUGCAGAACAUCCAGGACACAGGCCGUUGGACGAAUGGUUUCGAGUGUGACUCCACAGUCUCCGGGAGUUCGUGCCUUCUUAGGCAGGCUUCAGCGACCCAGUGCUGCUGCCACCAAGCAAGCAUCGCGCCUGCCAGGCGCUGUCUGCCAGUCGAUGGAGCCCCCGAUCAGGUUCAGCCUGUGUGGGUGGAAGGCGUCAUGGUCGAGGUCCCAAAGCAUGACCUCAAACAGGGCUCCAUCAGCUUUGAUGAGGGUCCUGAGGCGCGUGAAACCAUUCCCGAGUUCGUGACCUCCGCGGAUCCAGAAGCCGCCGAUGAUCCUAUGACCACUGCAAACGAGAGCAGCAUGGUCUACCCAUGGGGACGAAUUAACCAGUGGAACCUGACCUGUGAAGAAGAGAAGCCAGUGCCCUGGGUCAGGAGCCAAUCUCACAGCAGCCGGUACCAGUGUGGAAGUACUCAGAUGAGCCCAACUGCGCCCUCCACACCCAAAUACUGCACACGCCAUUGGACGACGUACCACCAGGAGUACAAGAGCCAGUGUGUCUCGCGCAAGUACACCCGCCUUUGCCCGCCGGGUUAUGGACUCUACGACAAGCAAUUUCCUCAAGGAGCCUGUGUCCAUGAGCCGCAGGCAGCGCCGACGGUUGAUGAGCUCCAGUUGGUUGACAUCGGCAAUUUGAGCUUCAUGUGUCCUGAGGAGUACCGCAGCGGGACAUCAGGCAGCCUACACUUUGAUCCGCUGUGCGAAUGUGCUGCAUGCUAG